AUGUCUGCGGUGUUUGUGGCACGGGUGCAGGGCAUUGUUGAUCGGAUGGGUGUCCGGCGCGGAGCGUGUGCCAAGUGCACGUGUCCGGUGUACAAGAUCCCACCACGCGGGCACAAGUGCGCAGCGUGUGGUCAUCGCCCGCCGAACCAUGCCAACCUGGACUUGUACGAGCCCAAGGUGAGUGGCGAGAACGGCGCAGACGGCGCCGGACGGGAGAAUGCGACCGCGCUCGCGGGCGGGAGUGGGCCGAACAAGUUUGCGGCGACAAACAACGAGUCGGUGAUGCGGGUGAAGCAGAUCAUCAAGAACAUGACCGGCGACAUGCCGCAUCUUGCCGGGCGGCGGCUGGUCCGCGAGGGCGUGCUCAAAAAGGUAGGCAAGCGCAAGAACGCGCGGCGGUUCUUCCUCUUUGAGGACAUCCUCAUCUACUCGACGGUCAACCUGCCGUACAAGUACAAGGGCUGCUGCAUGCUUGAGUCUGCGUACGUCAAUUCAAUCGUCAAGGGUAAGAAGCAAAAGGUGACCAACAUGUUCCAGCUCAUCGGCGCCGAGAAGACAUUCACCUUUCUGGCAGACACGUUUGAGGAGAAGGAGCUCUGGAUGAGGGACAUGCGCACCUGCAUCACGGCGAUGCUCAAGCGCAAUCCGCAUGCCGCCGAGAAGCGGGUCGAGGGCAUUGCUCCGUCGCGGUGGGGCUUCCGGCGGCUGCGGUCCGGCUCGCAGGCACAGUCACGGCGCGGCGCAGGAGGUGGGAGCGGGAGCACCGGGAGCGGAUCGGGUGCCGGUGACGAUGCAGGGCACGCCGGCUCCAUCUCAGCACCGAUUCCCGGCUCGGUCAAGAAGCGCGACCCGUACUCGAUUCCCAUCCGCAAGGCGUCGGCACGCAACGGGUAUGCAGAUGCGGCCAGUGCUUCAAGUGAGAGCGAGCGGCCAAAGCGGGCGGCAUCUCCGCCGCCGGCGGCGAUCCCGUCGCGGGCCUCGGCCCGGGCCUCGCGGCUGAGCAUGGCAGGCACCGAUUCGGGCGCGUCUGGGAGCGUGAGCAAGCCGCGGGCACAGACGGUGACCAGGCAGUCGGGCGGCGAGCGCGCAUCUGUGGUGCGGCCGGAGCGAGCGGCGACAACAUCCGGCAAACCGGGCAUCCUCCCGAUACCGCGGAAGGCUGCCGUGCCAGUGCCGGUGGAAGCGGCGGCGGCAAAGCCGAACAAGCCUGUGCGGCGAGCAACGGUCCGAGUUCACACCUCGCGGCUGUUCAAGGAUGCGGAGCUCUCGCCCGAAGUCCAAGAGCUGCGGCGCAAAACGCUCGAGGCGCAGCAAAAGCUGCUGAAAAAGGAGCAAGAGCGGUUGGCGGCCAAAGUGGCGUCCCGUGACGGGUCUACGCCGCCGCCAACAGUUGCAGCGCCUGUGGCGGCCAAUGCGGUGUCGGCCGGCUCGGAGCCCGGCUCGAUGCAGUUUGCCACGCUCGACGCGCUCAUGGACGAGCUCGACUUUAUGCUCCCAGCGUCGGCGCCCAAGCCGUCGCCGCUCGCGGGGCCAGCGGUAACCGGCGACAGUGGCUCGUCGGGCGAGCUCAGCUCGGACAGCGGCGACGACGAAAUCUCGCUCAGCGAGUCGGGCGACGGUGAGCAACGAGCCGGCAGCGUCGACCUCUCUGCUUUUGGCACCCUCGAGCUGGAUGCUUUUGGCUUUAGCGGUGGUGCUGUUCUUCAGCCUGAGCCUGUAGUGGCCGGGCCCGAGCCUCCGGCCAAGAUCGAGGUUGAGGUUGAUCAGGAGACCGAUGUCGAGGUUAGAGUCGAGGCCGAGGUUGAGCAUGAGCCCGCGCCCGGGUCGGAGGAUGAGGUUGGGGCUGCACUCGAGCCGCUAUCCACACCAGAUCCCGAGCCUAUGCCCGCGGUUGAGCUCGAGGCUGAGCCUGAGGUUGAGCCCGAGGUCGAGCCUGAGGUUGAGGUCGAGGUCGAGCCUGAGGCUGAACCCGAGGCCGAGCCCGAGGCUAAGCCCGAGACAGAGGUUGAGCAUGAUCCCACGCCCGAGUCGAAGGUUGCGGUUGAGGCUGCACUCGAGCCGCUUCCCACACAAGAUCCCGAGCCUAUGCCCGCGGUUGAGGUCGAGGCUGAGCCUGAGGUUGGGGUCGAGGUCGAGCCUGAGGUUGAGCCCGAGGUUGAGCUCGAGGUUGAGCCCGAGGCCGAGCCUGAGGUUGAGGUCGAGGUCGAGCCUGAGGCUGAACCCGAGGCCGAGCCCGAGGCUGAGCCCGAGACAGAGGUUGAGCAUGAUCCCACACCCGAGUCGAAGGUUGAGGUUGAGGCUGCACUCGAGCCGCUUCCCACACAAGAUCCCGGGCCUACGCCCGCGGUUGAGGUCGAGGUUGAGCCCAAGGCCGAGCCUGAGGUUGAGCCCGAGGUUGAGCUCGAGGUUGAGCCCGAGGCCGAGCCUGAAGUUGAGGUCGAGGUCGAGCCUGAGGCUGAACAUGAGGCCGAGCCCGAGGCUGGACCCGAGACAGAGGUUGAGCAUGAUCCCACGCCCGAGUCGAAGGUUGCGGUUGAGGCUGCACUCGAGCCGCUUCCCACACCAGAUCCCGAGCCUACGCCCGAGGUCGAGCCUGAGGUUGAGCCGGAAGUCGAUCAGGAGACCGCGGUCGAGGGUGGGGUCGCAGUUGAGGCUGAUGAUGGGCUCACAUCUCCGCGUGACGCCGAGGCUGAGCCGGAAGUUGAGUCGAAGGUCGAGCAGGAGCGCAUACCUGAGCCCGAGGUUGGGCCCGAGGUUGAGCCUCCGCCUGACCUCGACAUUGCACCAGCGUCCGUCGCAGCAGCCGUGGCUGUCGCAGCCGUCGCGACAGUUGCUGCCGCUGCAACGAGCACCCCCGCCACCAAGCCCACUCCUGCGCCCGACGCCGAGCCCACGCCCGGCGCUGAGCCUGUAGCUGACCCUCCGCCGACCUUGGCUCGCGCAAAGAAGGCCUCGGUCGAAGCUCUACCGGUUGUGCUCAAGGCAAAGGUGGUGGUCGCUCCUGUCGAGCGUGCCAUGGUCCGCCGCCCGGACGCCGCUGUGGUGUCUAUGUCGCAGCUGACUGCGUCACGGGCAGCUCCGCGGCUUUCCACAGUCGACAUCGACGGCCUUGGUGACAUCCUUGCCUCGCUCGAAAAUGACUUUGUUGUCGACGACCUCGACCACGAGCCCGCCGCUGCCGCAGAGCCCGAUCUCGCACAGCAUGACGACGCUUUUUCGGUCUCUACCGUCACCACCUUUGAGAAGAUGGAUGACUUUCUCUCAUUCCUCAUGGACGAGGCCGGCUCCGAGUAUUCGUCCGACGACGACGACGACGACGAUGAUGCCGGCGACGACGCCGCAUUUGAUGCUCUUGACGCCCUCGCUGUUGAUGAUGGUGACAACGAGGACAACGACGAGUCGCCGAUCCUUGCCGCUGCCCAACCUCCCGAGCCCGAACCCGAGCCCGAGCCCGUGCUCCAGUCCGAGCCGUUGCCCGAGCCCGAGCUGGAGUCUGCAGCUGACGCCCCGCGAAAGUCGUCUCUCAAGGCUGGCGCAGCAGACGCUGAUGCCACCGACGCCGUCACCGACGAUGAUGUCGGCGUUCAGUCGAAACGGCACACCUGGUCCGACCUCUCAAUGGAAGACCGGGUCAAGGUCGUGCUCGAGCCGCUCCGUCGUAACGGCGCUGGCCGCUUUGCGCUCCCUGAAGUCCGGGUUGUGCUCAUUUCGAUGGGCUACUCGACGUGGGACGCGACAGCAGAAGCUACCUCACUCUGCGAGGACAACGGCAUGGACGUCGCCGAGCUGACCGAGCUAAUUGUCGAUCUCGUCGACUACUACGGCAUUACCAUGCUCUCCAAGCUCGACGCCAACAUCAUCUCCCAUGUCAACACCGCCCACCUCGGCGACGGCAAGACCAAGGCCAACAAGCUGACUUUUGCCGAAACGGUCGACAAGCUCGUCUACGAGAUCGGGCCCGUCCACGACGGUGAGCUUGCCAUCAAGGUCGGCGGUGCGCCUGUCCGCACCCAGGCCGACCUCCGCGAGUGCCAUGACCUGCCCAUUCACAUCGACACCAUUGUCGACCACCUCGAGGUCCAGUCGGUCGACGGCGAGAUCCGCCUCGACUCGAUGCGCUACAUCCUCCGCACUGUAUUUGCCGUUCCCGACAACGAGGUCGACGCCCACCUCGACGACUUGAUCGACGAGGAGGAGGACCCGGACCACGUCUCGUACGAGGGCUUUGCCCAUCUCCUGCAGUCGGUCUUUUACUACCAAGGCCCGCAGGCAUUCCUCGACAUCGAGUCGGUACUCAUGGCCUUCUCACUUGAAGCCCACGGCCUCGAGUAG